ACCUAGGCAGCCGGAGUAAGGGAGGAUUUUCAAAGGGAGCAGAGUAAUAUACAUACAUACACACACUUUGGAAACGGGCUGAAAUGAGUUUCCUUGGAGGUUUGUUUGGUCCAGUGUGUGAAAUUGAUGUUGUUCUCAAUGAUGCCGAGACAAGGAAGACGGCAGAAAUAAAGACAGAAGAUGGCAAAGUAGAAAAACACUUCAUGUUCUACGAUGGGGAGUCGGUUUCAGGGAAGGUAAAUCUCACCGUUAAACAGACAGGAAAGAGACUGGAGCACCAAGGGAUUCGGAUUGAAUUCGUGGGGCAGAUUGAGCUGUUCAGUGACAAGAGCAACACCCAUGAGUUUGUGAACCUGGUGAAGGAGCUGGCCCUGCCAGGAGAGCUGACCCACAACAGGAGCUAUGACUUUGAGUUCAUGCAGGUGGAGAAGCCAUAUGAAUCCUACAUCGGCGCCAAUGUCCGGCUCAGGUAUUUCCUUAAAGUGACGAUAGUGAGAAGGCUGUCGGACUUGAUCAAGGAGUAUGACCUCAUAGUACAUCAGCUGGCCAGCUACCCAGAUGUGAACAACUCCAUCAAAAUGGAAGUGGGGAUAGAAGACUGUCUACACAUAGAGUUUGAAUACAACAAGUCCAAGUACCACUUAAAAGAUGUUAUCGUGGGCAAAAUCUACUUUUUGUUAGUGAGAAUUAAAAUCCAGCACAUGGAGCUUCAACUUAUCAAAAAGGAGAUUACUGGCAUCGGACCUAGUACGACUACUGAGACGGAAACCAUUGCUAAGUAUGAGAUCAUGGAUGGAGCUCCAGUGAAAGGUGAAUCUAUUCCUAUCAGACUGUUUCUCGCUGGAUAUGACCUCACUCCCACAAUGAGAGAUGUGAACAAGAAGUUCUCUGUCCGCUACUUCCUCAACCUGGUUCUAGUGGAUGAAGAGGACAGGCGGUACUUCAAACAGCAGGAAAUUGUUCUGUGGAGAAAAGCACCUGAGAAGAUCCGAAAACGCACCAAUUUCCACCAGCGCUACGAGUCCCCCGAGUCCCGGCCAACCGUGUCUGCUGAACAGCCAGAAAUGUGAAGAGCAGCCACAAGCAAACCUGGCGAUGUGGAGAGCAGCGCAGCGAGCUGUAACGAACAGAGAGCAGCCCAAAUCCACACAAAAGUUCUCACUGUCUUCGUCCAUCCUACACGGCUGCAGUUACUCUGCCAUAACACUAAACAUCCUUCAAGUCUCUGCGGACUUUCUCUCGCCAAAACACUGGAUCGUUCGGAAGCUACCAUUUUAUACUUCACAUUUUACCCUUUCGUUUAAUAACUUCGUGCACUUGGAUAUGCAAUGAGCUUCAAAGAAAAGAAAAAGUCUGUUUAAAUAUUUCAAGAAUGUUCCCUGUGCAUAUAGGCUGGUUAAUGUGUUAGAUGUUGGUUACAGGUUUUCUGGGACGUGCACAGCUGAUCCCCAGGUGCCAUAAUGAUUUGCUGUAAGAUGUACACGAUUUAAGUUGGAGGUUUUUUUUUUUCCUCAUAACUUAUGUAGUGUUUCUUCUGAGGUUUACACCAUCAUUUGUUCCAUUUUACUAAUUUCACUUUAAUGUAUUAAAAGCUCCCUUGACGAGUUAUAUUUACUUUUACUAUUUUCUUUCUUGGAAAAGAAGUGUAGAUGUUUGUGUUCAAAGUAGUGCUGUUACAUGAGGCUGAGAAAUAUCCAGCAUUUACAGGUGGGUGUUUAUGAAUUAAUUUGAAUGUCCUUUUUCAGCCCUUAAAAUAUUUGAUAACCUUUUUUUGUAAUCACUGUGUCAUUGGUUCAACACCUGUACGGUUGAUUUUUUACCACUAUCAAAACUGCAUCGUUUAGUACUCCUAUUAUCUUUGAAAGUGUAAAUAAGUGUGGAAAACGAAUGGUGCCAUUGUAAACAGUGCACUGAAACACAACCCAGGCAGAUCUGCAUUUGUUUUAAGUCCUCCCCCCCCCCCCCCCCAUGUAAGUGCCUCUGAAGGAAUGGGUGAUGGUUAUGCCAGAUAUGCUGGCAACAUGCAUGUUCCCUCUUUUUUUACAUUGCCUGAUUUAAACAACAAAAAGAAAGUAUGUGCAUUAAAAAUUAUAUAUAUGCAGGCCUCGGACUAUUUAUCCAUCUACAAUAAACAUUUAAAAAUUUAAA